AUGGAGCGGCGGCGCCUGUCUCACGGUGACGGUGGCGCGCUGCCUUACCAUGCAAAGCGACGCAAAACUGGCUUCCAGCACAUUCAAGAUGAAUCUAUACGCGAACGCUAUACAGUCGCUUGGAUUUGCGCCCUCCAUAUUGAAAUGGCAGCAGCACGUGCGAUGCUCGACGAAGAGCAUGACAGCUGUUCACGACAAGCCAACGACACGAACUCUUAUGUUUUGGGAAGCAUGAAAAACCAUGACGUGGUGAUAGCUUGCCUCCCGGCAGCUCAAUACGGUACAAACAAUGCCGCGACCGUGCUGAGUAACAUGAGAAGAACGUUCCCCAACAUCGAAAUCGGAUUGAUGGUAGGCAUUGGUGGGGGAGUGCCGCUCAAAGCUGAUAUAAGACUCGGAGAUAUUGUCGUGGGCAUCAGAGUCAUGCAGUAUGAUAUGGGGAAAACACUUAAGGUCGGGUUCCAACGGACGGGAGAUCCAAAGAUCCCCGACCCUACCAUCCGGACGGUCAUCUCAAAUCUGAGAUCUCGACAUGAGCUAAGUGAGAGCCGAGUGCCUUCGAUAUUGCGGGAAAAGAUGGGUAGUCACGCCGCUUAUUCCCGUCCAAGCGAGCCAGAUCGUCUGUUUCUUGCAUCAUAUCAUCAUAGCGAUCCUGACUUACCUUGUGACAAGUGUGACUUGUCCAAGCUGGAGACAAGAAAACAGCGACUAUCCACUGACCCGGUAAUUCACUAUGGCGGCAUCGGUUCGGCCAACACAGUAAUGAAAGACUCAACUGUUCGUGAUGAGAUUUCCCGAGAGUUGGAUGUGCUUUGCUUUGAGAUGGAGGCUGCUGGUUUGAUGGAUAUCAUGCCUUGUCUACCUAUUCGUGGUAUCUGCGACUAUUCGGACUCUCACAAAUCAAAAGGGUGGCAGCGAUAUGCUGCUGCGACUGCAGCAGCUUAUGCAUAUGAGUUCUUGGAGCUAUGGAGAGGGGACUCUCAAGUGUCAUUCGCCCGCUGCCAACAGCCAGAUUUUCAGCACACCAUCAUACCUGGACGUCAUGAGGAGAUACUAAAAUCUUUGGACUUUGAACAAAUCGACGCUCGGAAGUUGACCAUUAAAGCUGCACACUCAAAGACUUGCCGUUGGUUUCUCAAGCACCCUGAAUACAUCUCGUGGAUAGACCGACAGCAGAUAUCGGAACACCACGGGUUUCUGUGGAUCAGAGGAAAACCCGGAGCUGGAAAGUCUACUGUCAUGAAGUUCAUCUAUCUGGAGUCCAAGAAAAAGGACUGUAAGCAUCAGAGCCUCACCGCCUCAUUCUUCUUCAACGCCCGUGGAGAGGUAUUGGAAAAGACUGUCUCAGGAAUGUACCGAUCACUACUUUUGCAGCUGUUCCAUGAAUUCCCAGACCUCGAGUGCGUCUUGGAUGACCCGGAGCUUCUGCCUCGAAAUCAGAGUGGUUGCCCACCUUUGAACGCUCUGAAAGACCUCCUCUGUGCCGCAGUUGCCAAGCUCGGCCAACGUUCGUUCAGAUGCUUCAUAGAUGCCCUUGAUGAAUGCGACGAACAGCAAGUCAUGGAUCUAGUUGAAUACUUCGAAGGUUUAGCUGAGCAAUGCUCAGAAGACAAUGUAGAUCUCCGUAUUUGUUUCUCCAGCCGUCACUACCCCUACAUUGAUAUCAAAUUUGGCAUUCGUAUCAUCCUCGAGGAACAAAUGGGACACGCCGGUGAUCUUGAAAGCUACAUCAAGUCUAACCUACGAGUCAAAGACAGGAAACUGCUAGCAGAACUGCAAGAAAAAAUGCUUGAGAAAGCAGCGGGGGUAUUCCUCUGGGUUGUCCUUGUGGUCGACAUAAUGAACAAAGAGAAUUGCCGAGGGCGCCUAGCCAUGAGAAAACGACUUGAACAGGUGCCUAGUGGCUUAAGUGACCUGUUCAAGGACCUGCUGAAAAGAGACAAUAGCAAUGUGGAGGAACUCAAAUUAUCUCUUCUUUGGAUUUUACUCAGCGAAAGACCCCUGAAGCCAGAAGAAUACUAUCACGCGAUCUGGUCAGGGCUGUAUUUAGAGGGGUUAGCGGACCUUGAAAUACCCGAAGUUGACACAGAGGACUCUGAAGACUGCUUUACCCGUUGUGCUAUCAGUUCAUCUAAGGGUUUGGCUGAGAUCAUAAAAGUCAAGCAGCCGAGAGUUCAAUUCAUACACGAGUCUGUUCGCGACUUCCUUAUCAAGGACAAGGGUCUUCACGAGUUAUGGCCAGAGCUUGGACCAGACUGGGAGAGUGUAGGCCAUGAGAGGCUGAAGAUGUGCUGCUAUUCCUACUUCGAAUUUGUUGUCGAGAAAGGAGAGCUCGAAUCUGAAGACUAUGAUGCUUUCAAGAACUGGUUUGCAACGGAGACUAAGGCAUACCCUUUCCUUCAAUAUGCUAGCCAGUUCGUUCUGCAUCACUCUGACCUUGCGGCAAAUACUGUUGACCAGCAACCAUUCCUGGAGAGCUUUCGGCUGUUUUUUUGGAACUGGGUCGUCAACACGUUUGAAAACUUUGAGAGGGCAUUCGUCACUCAUACGGACAAGACUGGAGAGCGAUGCCAAUAUUUACGGCACAAAGCUAGCGUCCUUGUUCUUCUGGGUUUACCAUCCGCGCUUUAUGAAGGGAUGGAUGUAACAGAAGGGCUGUUGCCCAACAUAGAUGCUGGCGGCACCUCCCGAACCCCACUCUCUUGGGCAUGUGAGAACGGCAACUUUGGAAUCGCAAGAGUCCUUGUAGAACGAGACGGCCAAUCCAUAAAUACGGGUGGAGCGGCAUACUCACCGCUGAUGCUUGCGUCGAAAAAUGGUCACUGCGACAUAGCGAGAUGGCUGAUUAGCCACGGCGCAGACGUUAACGAAAGAUACAAGAAAGAAAGUGCCAUUUGGCUUGCAUCAAGCAAUGGCCACGUGGAAGUGGUUGAGCUCCUGCUCGACGCGGGGGCAGAUCAUAAUACAUGCGGCGUCCAUGGCACGCCUAUACUAGGUCUAGCUGCCAUAAAGGGCGAUGAAGAGGUGAUGGAGCUUCUUUGGAAGAGGGGGGCAGAUGUUAAUGCAGGAGACCGUUGGGAACAGACACCUCUUCAUUGUACUGCAGAAAGAGAAGGAACAAGGGCAACAAUGGAAGCACUUCUCAGCUACGGGGCAAGGAUAGAGGGCAGAAAUAAGUGGGGCCAGACACCUCUAUUCGGGGCCGUGCUGGGUGCCUCUGUCGAUGAAAUCGGGUUCUUAAUUACACAAGGAGCGGAUGUAACAGCUCAAGGAAACGAUGGUGAGACCUGUCUCCACCGAGCAAUGAGCAGGAUUUCAGUAUCGUUAGAGAUUGUUCGAUUCCUUCUGGAGAAUGGGGCAAGGGCUGAUACUCGCGACAAAAGUGGCCAAACGUUUCUCCAUACCCUCGCAUGCCAGAGAACAGCCCCCCCUUUUACUGGCGACUUGAUUCAGCUGGUUACUAGCCGCGGAGCCGACAUAAAUGCCAAGGACAAUGAAGGCAACACGCCUUUGCAUCUUAUGUCAAGAGGUAGUCCCGUGGAGGCUCUGGCAACGUUGGCCGACCAGCUGGGUGUGAACCUCAAUGCUCGCAAUCACCUCGGUAAGACGCCAUUGCAUCUUGCAGUUUUGGGUUCUCACCUGCACCAAAUGGGAGAGUUCGCCAUAGGGGCCAUCGACAUACUGAUAAGGAAAGGAGCGGAUAUUAAUUCUCUCGAUAAUGAGUCAAGAACGCCGCUUGAUGACGCAGUGGAAGUAGGUUACGAGUCAGUCAUGCAGUUCCUGAUUGACAACGGAGGAAGGCGAGGCGUUACAUAA